AUGGCUUUAAAGGAUCUAGGUAAUGAUGUUAAAACAUUUCAUCAAUGUGUUGUAUGUGAUGAGAUUUUCCAACAACAUGAUGAUUUAGAAAAACACAUUAAAAUACAUGUUAAAAAAGAGAAAACUGAUGAUGUAGAUGAAUAUUGUGAUGUUCAUUUUAAUGAAGAGAAAACUGAUGAUGUAGAUGGAUAUUGCCAUGUUAAAGAAGAGAAAACUGAAGAUAUUGACAUUGUUUAUCAGUGUAAUUUAUGUGAUGAAGAAUUUAAAUUGGAAACUGAUUUAGAGAAACACUGUGAUAUACAUGUUAGUCAAGGGCAAACAGGUGAACGACCUUAUAAGUGUGAUGUUUGUGGUAAAUCGUUUAGCCAGAGAAGAUAUCUUCAGAGACACAUGAAAAUUCAUACAGGCGAAAAACCUUAUAAGUGUGAUGUUUGUAGUAAAUCAUUUAAUCAUAACAGUAAUCUAAAGACACAUAUGAGAAUUCAUACAGGUGAACGACCUUAUAAUUGUGAUGUUUGUAGUAAAUCAUUUUCUAGAGUUCAUGACUUACAAAUACACAUGAGAAUUCAUACUGGUGAAAACCCUUAUAAAUGUGAUGUUUGUGGUAAAUCAUUUACUUCUAGUAGAACUCAACACAGACACAUGAUAAUUCAUACGGGUGAACGACCUUUUAAGUGUGAUGUUUGUGGUAAAUCAUUUUCUAGAGGUAAUGACUUACGAGGACACAUGAGAAUUCAUAGUGGAGAAAAAUUUUAUAAAUGUGAUUUUUGUAGUAAGUCAUUCACAUUUAAUAGUAAUUUACAUCAACACAUUAGAACUCAUAGCGGUCAGAAACCAUAUAAAUGUGAUGUUUGUGAUAAAUCAUAUACCACAAGUAGUAGUCUACAGUCACACAUAAGAAGUCAUGCUGGUGACAAACAUUAUAAAUGUGAUGUUUGUUUUAAAUCAUUUACUAAAAAUAGUCAUCUAAAGACACACAGGAGAAUUCAUACAGGUGAAAAAACUUAUAAAUGUAAUGUUUGUAGUAAAUCAUUUUUUCAGAAAGGGAAUCUUCAGACACAUGUCAAAACUCAUACUGUAGAAUGACGAUAUAAUUGUGAUGUUUGUAGUAAAUCAUUUUCUAGAGUUCAUGAGUUUUCUAGAGUUCAUGAGUUUUCUAGAGUUCAUGAGUUUUCUAGAGUUCAUGAGUUUUCGCGUUGGUAGUAAAUCAUUUUCUAGAGUUCAUGAGUUUUCUAGAGUUCAUGAGUUUUCUAGAGUUCAUGAGUUUUCGAGUUCAUGACUUUUCUAGAGUUCAUGAGUUUUCUAGAGUUCAUGAGUUUUCGAGUUCAUAACUUUUCUAGACACAUGAGAACACAUACUGGGGAGAAAUCAUGUUUGUAGUAAAUCAUUUACUACCUGUACUAGUCUACAGGUACACAUCAAAAUUCAUACAGGUAAAUGUGAUGUUUAGCCACCGUGGCUCCCAAAUCAUUUACUACCAGUACUAUGGGGCUCUGUAUUUCAGUUCGUUAGAUGUUUCGUUCAAUUGAUAAUAUAUUCAGGAAUUGUUGUUAUAGUUUUCUGUAUAAAUUAGCUUCAUUAUUUUUGCAUUACUGUAUUAGCUUGAUAACGUUGAGAAAAUACUCUUCGAAACGUCGCCCAAAUAAAUAAG